GGAUGAACUGCGCAUGUGCACCAGUGAGCGUUUUUGUCGGAAGCCAAGUGUCGUUUUAACCAAAGCGUUCACGUUAUAAAACGAACAUUAAAAGAGUCAUGUCGGGAUUUAUGGACGGAAUCCGCUGUGGAGACUGUGAGUGCAAUGUUGACUGGGGAGAACGGAGAAACACCAUCGCAUCUAUAGCUGCUGGAGUUCUGUUCUUCACAGGUUGGUGGAUUAUCAUUGACGCAGCCGUGAAAUAUCCAGACCAGGGAGAAUUUCAUCACGCCUAUCACACAUGUGGUGUUAUCGCAACAGUGGCCUUCCUCAUGAUAAAUGCUGUUUCUAACGGCCAGGUGAGAGGAGACAGCUAUAGUGAAGGCUGCAUGGGACAGACAGGCGCUCGAGUGUGGCUCUUUAUUGGCUUCAUGUUGGCUUUCGGUUCCCUCAUUGCCUCCAUGUGGAUUCUUUUUGGAGGAUUUGUAGUGCCUCAGAAGCCUGCUGUGUACCCGGGUAUUGCCAUUUUCUUCCAAAAUGCCUUCAUUUUCUUUGGGGGUUUGGUCUUCAAGUUUGGGCGCACAGAGGAUCUUUGGCAGUAAAGGACUGUGUGACUGUACGGCUACAAUUAUACACUCUGCUUCCUAUACUGUAUGAGAGUUCAACUGUUAUUCACUUUAUGUAAAAACACUUUUUUUGUUUUGCUUUCCCCAUUAAAAUGUUUAUUUAUGUGCUCUGCUGUAUAUUAGCUAAAUCAUAACUAAGCACAAUCUUCAUAGGUUUCUUGAAAUGUUAAACCUUUUCAAUGGUGGCACAUCUUUAAAUGUCUGUUUGCACGCAGACUGUGCAGCCAUGUUGUUUAAAGUGGUUUACCUGUGUGUGUGUAUAACAGAAUGUAAAUAUGGGAGCUUUGCUACAACUUUCCUGUGGGGUAGACUUUCUUUUCUAUUAUAACAGUGUUUAAUUUGAACGAUGACCGAGUGAGAAUUAAAGAAUUGUGGUACAAAUUAUCACAAUGAGCAAAGUUUCGUAACAGCGAAUGGUUUUUAUUAAACUUGGCCAUGGGAUCAUUUGUAUUUUUCUUGUAGUAACAGUUCAUCAGCCAUGAAGUUACCGGUAGUCAGAUUUAUUGGAUUUUAUAAGCCCACACUACAGAUUUGAAGUCAGCAAAGAGUUUCACAACAAUAGGGUGUUUUGGGAAAAAAAAAAAAAAAAAGAUUUCCAUUUAGAUGCAACUCGUCUCCAUAGGUUUUGUAACAUUUAUCAGUUUCUUACAUUUGCAGCAUUAAACUUACUGCGCACUAAAUCAGUCUGGCAUUCCUCUUUUCACAAUCCAGUCCAUUCGCACAAAUAUAUCUGACAACUAU